AUGAGGCAAAGAGAUUGUGCAACCCGCUUCGCAGGACGUAUCCACGGUGAGACAAUCCGCUGCAGUCUGGCACUCUUUGUCAGGCGCAUCGAUCGCUUUCUGUUUCGGACGGCGAUACUUUCCUGCCUUUGUCUCUACGACGAAGACACAGACGAAGAUGAAGAUGAAGAUGAGGACAACGACGACGAAUCCGAGUCGUACGCCGCUACGGCCGACGCCGAACUCCCAGAAGAAAAACAGGAGGAGGAGGAGGAAGAAGACGACUCGGGGGAGGAGUUCUAUCUGGAGACGAGGCCUGGAUAUCCUCGACACCCGCUUCAGUCACGGGCGAAUGAUUCUCCUACUGUAAGACUCAAAUGA